ACUGCUUACAAUUGACAAUUAGUGUUUUGUCGAUACCUCGCUAUAAAAUUAUAAUUUAUUUGAUAAACGGAACAAACAAUCCCGUUUAUUAGCAUAUGAGUGAAAACGAAUUCAGACAAAGAUCCGUUUCCAAAACAUAUACACCUGCCGCUCCUAAUGCAUUAUAUCCAUAAGUUCAUUUUUUAAAUAUACAAUAAUCCUGACAUGGGGUCCAACUAUCAGAAAAGCGGAUGGCCAUUUUAUUUGAAAGUAUAUCUAACCACAUAUGUCUGCAUUCUGUUGAUUAUAACUAAAGCUGAAGAUGUUCCAAAUACCACGGACGUAUAUGAUACUAGCAGGUUCUAAUAUUAGAACGACAUUUAAGCAAUUAAACAAUGUAAGCUCUAGCGAAUUAAAUACAACUCCAACUCCAAAUGUUGCUGCUAGUAAUAUAUCAACACUGACCCCGACACCGGACACAAGCAUGCGAACUCCACAGAUCACAUCAAUACAGAGUCAAAACCAACCCGCUGAUUGUUCACAGCGUGAAAAAUCGAGAAAACAGCCAAUAGCUAUAUCAACCUCAAGAUUACGGAAGUGCUGCCCGCUUGGAGAGAACCUAGACUUUUAUCGCGAAAACCAAAGUGAUUCAAUGUGUGAUAACGCCGUAUUAAAUUUUGAACCAACUGUCAUAAGUGCGGUACUUUAUGACAAUUGCAUUGAAGAUUUGGAAAUACCUACAACAUUGCCCUAUGAAAUUGGCAAUCCAUGUAAUAGUGUUACCUUUUUCAGCUCGUUUCAAUACGAAGAUCCGGAAGACCUGUUUUUUGUAUUGCAGGAUGGGUCGCUGUUGAUCAUCGACCAAAACGGAAAUGAGUCUUACACAGUAGAGGAAAAUUACUGCUUGGACCAAGAUAAAUCUGGCCAUAUGUUAGCAUUUAUAUGUAUCACCCAAGUUGAAGAGGUUUCCAAAGCGAAGAUUAUCAUUGUAGCUGUGAUGAUGCUGAUAAGCAUGCCUUGCCUACUCUUGGUUAGUUAUUUGCAUCUGACUUUGCGUCUAUUGCGCAAUUUGCAUGGCUGGUCCUUGGCAUUGAUGUCCUUGUGCUUAGCCUGCGGUUAUUUUGUGCACUCUGUGGUACACAUAUACGGAAUACCGGCGGGUGGCUCCAUUGGAUACGUUAUACAGUUCUUUAUAUUAAGUUUUUUCUUUUGGUACUUCUGCAUAUGCUGUAAUGUGCUCUUGAAUAUUUGGUACAAGCUGCCCUACUAUGUACAAUUUUCUAAGACGUGGACAAUUUUGAACUUUGGAGCAUAUUGUAUAUUCGCUAUUACUGGACCAGCGAUUCUAGUCUCGUUGACUUUGCAAAAGGGUCUGCCGGGAAUGCCUUCUUAUUUUCAGCAGGGACUCACGGAAUCCAUUCGAGAAUCCCAACGUUACUUCAUACCACCAGUAUCUACACUAUUGGGUCUUAGUUUUCUUGCAAUGAUAAUAUCGUUCUUUGGCUUUCAACGAAUAAAAACUGAUGGUUACCUGCGUGCCGAUGAAGAUGAAAAGAUUGAUUCUACUCCAAUACGUCAGUUUGAUCAGCAGAAAUACGAGGAUGUCAAAAAAGACGCAAAAUGUGUAGCUCUAUUGGGAAUUAUUAUAAUACUAGCUUGGCUUUUCGAAAUAGUAACCUUUUACUCGCCUGGAAAUGAAGUUUAUUUAUUACUCUGUGAUAUGAUAAAUGGACUUCAGGGCCUGUGGAUAAUGCUAAUAUUUCUUGUAGUACGUAGACGUCGCACUAUAAUACUUCGUUGGUGGUACGAUCGCGGUACGCAUACCAUUGUCGAGGGCACAGAAAUGCAACCAGUUAAUAAAACACUGAAUCCUACAUAAGAAAUUAGUCAUAACUUAUUAAUAUAUAUAUAUAUAAAUUGUUUAUUGCAUUUCACAAAGAAA